AUGUUUCCCUCUACCCAAACCCACACCUUAGACUGUCACUGCAUUAAAUGUCACAACAGUCAUCAGAAAUCUUCUUAUGCUGCAAAGCGUACUGAGACUCGUCGUAAUAAGAGAGCUAGAGUUGAAGCCGCAAUGAGAAACAUGGAUGUAGAUACUGAGGUAAUCCUGACCUCUCGUUCCGAUUCUGUGGAAGCAAUGGACGGUCAGGCCAACUCACCUUUUUUGGAUGCCGCCUCAAUGUUUGACAAUGACAGAGACGACAAUGAUUUCGAUGACAAUGUUGAAGAUGAAGUCAAUGAGAUCGAGAUUGAGGACUUCAACAGUGAAGACCCUUUUGCUGCUCCUGAUAUGCCCGAAAAUGAAGUCCAUCAAUUCAUAGCCAUCUUUACGGUACUGUUUGCUUCACGUCAUGUUGUUGAUAAGGGUGCUGCUGUCUUGAUUGAGUUUAUCAACAACCUGCUGAGAAUCUACGACCAAGAUUUUCAAUUACCAACCAGUCUUGCCGGUUUACAAAAAAUGACAGGAUUUUCUGCUAUUACAAAAGGCAUCAAGAAAUUUGUGGUGUGCCAAGACUGUCAUACAGUAUAUCAGGAUAUCGUAUCUGCUCCUCCUCGAUGUGUUUUCUCAAAACUUGGUGCCAGGUCUGCAUGCAACUGUAAUUUGACGAAAUCUGUAUCUUCCGGUGCCUUGGUUGCAAAGCGUGAAUAUGUCUACCAAUCCAUUAAAAAUACAUUGAGCGUUUUCUUCUGUCGCCCUAGUUUCGAAGCCAAGAUUCUAUGUGGAACGAUCAUUGAUCCCAUGCAUAAUAUUUUCCUGGGGACGUCUAAGAUAUUAAUGGAUCGGUGGAUUGAUGAGAAGACAAUUGGACCUGAAGAGUUUGCUUCGAUGGAGAAAAUUGCAGAGACAAUGGUACUGCCCAGAGAUUACACCACACUGACAACCAAAAUUGGAAAGGGCUUCAGCUACAUGAAAGCGGACAAGUGGAAAUCAUAG